AUGGUUUUUAUGGACCGCGUAUUGCUUUUGCACCGUUGUAAAGUUGAAAAUUAUGAUGACUUUGACCAGUUUGAUAAGCCUGGUGCAGAGCGGUCGUGGAGAAGAAGAGCCGCGGACGAGGACUGGGACAGUGAACUUGAAGAUGACUUACUUGGAGAAGAUUUGCUGUCUGGCAAAAAGAAUCAGUCGGAUUUGUCAGAUGAAGAGCUGAAUGAUGAUCUUUUACAGAGUGAUAAUGAAGAUGAAGAAAAUUUCAGUUCUCAGGGUGUCACAAUUAGUCUAAACACCACAUCUGGCAUGGUCACGUCAUUUGAACUGUCUGACAACACUAAUGACCAGUCCGGAGAACAGGAGUCUGAGUAUGAACAAGGAGAGGACGAACUUGUUUAUCACAAAUCCGGGGGAUCUGAACUGUACGCUCACGAGUACCCAGAGGAAGGACGCUACGAAGGCCAUGGCGCUGAGCUGACGGAAGGCCACAUGGAAUAUGUGGAGGAGCCGGAGGAGGGGCAGCUGUACAGUGACGAAGUGUUAGACAUCGAGAUCAAUGAGCCCUUAGAUGAAUUCACAGAUGGAGAAUACUUGCAGGCUUGUGGGCAGCACGGGCUCCAAGAGCAGGAAGACCGUGUUGCUGAAGAUGAAUUAAAUGAGAUCACUGACCGCCAGGUUGCUCCUGAACCGGAAGAGGGAGGUAUGGAGACUUUGGAGCUACAGAAGGACGUAAAAGAAGAAUCCGAUGAGGAAGAUGAUGAUGAUGAAGAAUCUGGACGAUUGCGGUUCAAAACUGAAAGGAAAGAAGGAACAAUUAUUAGGCUCUCAGAUGUAACUAGAGAGAGAAGGAACAUUCCAGAAACUUUGGAGCUUUCAGCCGAAGCCAAAGCCGCGUUGCUUGAGUUCGAAGAGAGAGAGCGACAGCAUAAGCAGGGACGCUAUGGCUCGAGGCGGGGAGGAAGGAGAGGAAGCUCUUUAGUGUGUCGUGGAAUGGGAGACCAGAGGAGAGAGAGCAGUGAGCGAGCAAGAAUAAAAGAUCACAGACCUGCCCUGCUUCCGACGCAGCCUCCUGGCGUGACGCACUCUCCAAGAUUGAUCCCCCCUGCGCAGCCUCAGCCGCCACCGCCGCCGCCGCCGCCGCCCCAGCAGCAGCCCAUCAGGAGCCUGUUCCAGCAGCAGCCGCUGCAGCCCCUGCUGCCCCUGCAGCACCCGCAGCACGCCCCGUCUCCCCAGGGGGCGCAUGUGCCGCCCCAGAUGGAGGCCCCGCGCCUGAUGAUCACCCCUCCUCCGGUGACCCCGCAGCAGCCCAAGAACAUCCACAUAAACCCCCACUUCAAGGGGGCGGUGGUGACGCCCGUGCAAGUGCCCUUGCUGCCAGUUCCCAGCCAGCCGAGACCUGCUGUGGGGCCGCAGAGAUUCCCUGGAGCGAAUGAGAAGGUAGAGGAGCUCUGUGAGUCAGCUGGCGGCAGUAGUGUGGGCUGGAGCCUUGGGCCAGCGGGAGCAGAGCCCAAGAUGGGGGUUCGGGUGCACGGGCUUAGGGCGAAGCCCAAAUGCGUGGGGGCUCCUCUCCGCCCGCAACUCCGCCCCGCCGCGCGGCCGCCCCUUACCUCCCAAGAAGAAAGGGUCCCGCUCCUGCGGCGGCGGCGGGGCUCUCCACUGGUCCUGCAGGGGAAGCCGCGGGGGCUGGCUGAAGGUGCCGGGGACCGGCCCGGGCGUGUGCUGCGGGAACUCCGGAGGGCCCUGAGGAACGACAGGACGGCCCCCAGCCCCCUGCCGUUCACCCAGCCCGGGCCAGCGUUCAGCCAGCAGGGCCAGCAGCCCGUGUUCCCCAGGGAGAGGCCCGUGAGGCCAGCGCUGCAGCCGCCGGGGCCGCUGGGGAUCCUGCACUUCAGCCAGCCGGGCUCGGCGGCCACGCGGCCCUUCAUCCCGCCGCGGCAGCCCUUCCUGCCCGGCCCGGGCCAGCCCUUCCUGCCCGCGCACGCGCAGCCCAGCCUGCAGGGGCCCCUUCACCCUCCGCUGCCCCCUCCGCACCAGCCCCAGCCGCAGCCGCAGCCUCAGCCCCCGCUCCAGCCGCAGCACCAGCCUCCGCUGCAGCCGCCCCCGCAGCACCAGCCGCCCCCGCAACCGCAGCACCAGCCCCCGCACCAGCCGCAGCCGCACCAGCACCACCACCACCUGUCCGUCCCUCCGCCGCCGCUGAUGCCCAUGUCGCAGCCGCAGUUCCGGCCUCACAUCCAGACGGCCCAGCCGCAGCCAGGCGGUGCUCGGAUGCAGUGUCCCCAGCGCCAGGGGCUCAGGCAUAACACAACUUCUCAGAACGUAACCAAGCGGCCAAUGCAGCAAAUGCAGCCCACCGCUCCCAGGAACAGUAACCUGCGCGAGCUACCGAUCGCGCCGUCGCACGUCUUGGAUAUGGGCAGCAGUCGCUGCUCCACGGCCUCGGCUCAAGUGAAACCUGUCAUUAGCACGUCGCCACCCUCGAGGCCGGGGGCGGGGUCCAGGGCCGCACCGGGGAAGACGGAAGCCAAGGUCAAGCCGCUCAGCCCUGUGGUUCAACCCAAAGAAGAAGCAAAAACAGAACCAGAGUUUCCCGAUGAAGAUGAGGAGACGCGCCUCUACCGUCUGAAGAUUGAGGAGCAGAAGCGACUCCGAGAAGAGAUCCUGAAGCAGAAGGAGCUGCGGCGGCAGCAGCAGGCGGGCGCCAGGAAGAAGGAGCUGCUGGAGAGGCUGGCCCAGCAGCAGCUGCACCUGCCCGCAGCCUCGGCCGAGCCGGACGAGCAGGCGGCCUCACCGGCCCCCGCCAACGGGAACCCGCUCCUGCCCUUCCCGGGCGCGCAGCCUAGACCGAAUGUGAAAAACAGACUCCUUGUGAAAAACCAGGACGGCCCCGUUUCGAACAUUCAGCCCAAAAUGUCCAACUUUGCGCCGGCCGGUGCUCCGGGGCAGUACCAAGGACAGCAGACGAAACCGCCCAAGCACCCGAGGCAGGCCAGGGCUGUCCCUCAGAGUCCGGGCCCGCACAGGGUCCCGCAGGGGAAGCCUGCGGACGCGGAGGGGCCGCCACCCCCCUCGCAGAGUGCUCGAGCCGCCCUCCAGGGCCGGCCCCCGGAUGCCAAGCCCGGCGCCAAGAGGACGGUCAUGCACCGGGCCGGCAGUGGCGGCGGAGAUGGGCCGCACGUCAGCUCCAAGGUCAGGGUGAUUAAGUUGUCAGGCGGGCAGGGAGGAGAGAGCGACGGCUUUUUUCACCCCGAGGGCCAGCCCCAGCGGCUCCCGCAGCCCCCAGAAGCCAGACAGCCGCCCGCCCGCAAGGUGACGCUGACCAAGGGGGCCCCCCAGCAGCCCCAGCACCCACCGGUGGGGGCCCACAUGCUGUCCGGCCCUCCGGGCAUCAAGAGCAUCCAGGGAGUCCAUCCUGCCAAGAAGGUGGUCACGCAUGGGAGAGGCCGAGGAGUGGCGGGGGCCGUGGGCCGGGGCCGCCUGAUGCCAAACAAGCAGAACCUCCGGGUGGUGGAGUGUAAGCCGCAGCCCUGCGUCGUGUCCGUUGAAGGGCUCUCUUCGUCCACCACCGACGCCCAGCUGAAGAACCUACUGAUGUCAGUCGGACCCAUCCAGAGUUUACAGAUGCUUCCCCAGCAACGGAAAGCCAUAGCUAAGUUCAAGGAACCGGCUCAUGCGUUAGCAUUUCAACAGAAAUUCCACAGGCACAUGAUAGAUUUGUCCCACAUAAACGUGGCCCUGAUUGUUGAGUGA